AGAUGGAGCAGAGGACAGAUGGUAAAACAGUACCCACCUGGCAGUAAAGCAAGGAAGAAGAAGAUUCAAGAAACACCUCGCGACCGUUUUUAAGAAGAAGAAUCUUUUUUUUUUUUCUUUGCUCUUAUCGAAACAAUGUCGGUGGUGGAGAAAGGAAAGGUUUGUGUAACCGGUGCCGGAGGGUUUCUGGCUUCGUGGGUCGUCGAUCUUCUUCUCUCUAAGGAUUACUUCGUCCAUGGCACUGUCAGAGACCCUGACAACGAAAAGUAUUCUCAUUUGAAGAAGCUAGGGAAAGCCGGUGAGAAACUCAAGCUCUUCAAGGCUGAUUUGCUGGACUAUGGAUCUCUUCAAUCUGCUAUUGCAGGUUGCAGAGGCGUCUUCCAUGUCGCAUGCCCGGUUCCAUCAUCUUCAGUCCCAAAUCCUGAGGUAGAAAUGAUCGCACCAGCUUAUUUCAAACAAAGUUUCAAAAUUAGUAUCACCAUAACUAUUAAAGUAUAACUGAAAAAUAAGACCAGUGCUGUUAUGAUGAACCCUAAGUGGUCAAAGAAUCAGGUUUUAGAUGAGACCUGUUGGUCUGACCAGGAAUAUUGCAGAAAAACCGAGAAUUGGUAUUGUCUGUCAAAGACGCAAGCAGAAAGUGAAGCUUUCGAAUUUGCAAAACGAACCGGGAUUGAUCUCGUCAGCAUUUGCCCUACCAUGGUCUUUGGACCUAUAUUGCAGCAGCACACAGUAAAUGCUAGUACCCUUGCUCUUGUCAAGCUUCUUAAAGAGGGAUUUGAAUCACGGGAUAACCAAGUGCGGCUUGUGGUGGAUGUGCGUGAUGUGGCUCAAGCGUUACUUUUGGUUUAUGAGGAAGCAGAAGCUGAAGGAAGAUACAUAUGCGUAGCCCACACGGUUAAAGAACAGGAUAUAGUUGAGAAGCUGAAAAGUCUUUACCCAAAUUACAACUACCCAAAGAGAUACGUCGAAGUGGAAGAAAGGGCGAAAAUGAGUUCAGAGAAAUUGCAGAAGUUGGGUUGGACUUUCCGCCCGUUGGAGGAAACACUUGUGGAUUCCGUAGAGAGCUACCGGAAAGCUAAGAUUGUGGACUGAGAACUUGGGAUAAAGAGCAAAUGAGGCUUCUGGUCAUGUUCUUGGCUCCCAUGUGUUAUAUGUAGUAAUCUGCACACACUUUCGCUCAUCUUUUACUCAGUAAUAAGAGUUGUGCACAUAAGUUUCAUCAAGAAUUUCUGAGCUUUUAAAGUUUAGCAAAUGAGUUACGUUUGAAAUUAUG